UUAUCUUGUAUUUACUUGGGUAUUAGGCUCAUGCAAACUAUACAAGUGACAUUUCCUUCGCACUCUUUUUCCUUGAAUUUUUUCCAUCGAGUUUUGCUCUUGAAAGUUUUGUUAAUCCAAUAUAUGUAUUGGAAAUGAACUAUUGUCCUCUUCCUAUUGUGUUGACUUUUUUGUUGUUGAUCUUGAACAAUAUUCCUCCAUCUACAAGCUUGGGCUGCAGUUCUCACAUCCUUUGUGGAAAUUUGACGGACGGAAGUUACCAAACUUUGUAUUAUUACUUGCCAGAUAGCUGCGGCUAUCCUCCGCUGAAGCUCAACUGCAAGACUGAGAUUAUGGGGAAUCUGCUCAUCAACUCAACCAAAUCGAUCAGUAAGCACUGAGGGAGUUUACUAUGGUUACCUCGAUUUGCUUCAGAAAUCUGUCACACAAAGAUUCCAACCCAACCAUACAACGGUGGUCGAUGUACCAAAUCGGCCAACUUGCGGGGACUGCAGUGAGUUCAGCGGAGUUUGCGUUUACGACCCCAAUUCAUCAACUCAAAUGCUUUGCAAUUGUUCUGCUAAUAAUCAAACAUCUGGAUCAAAAUUGAAGCAUUAUUAUUGGAUCAUAGGUGUGUUAGUAGCAAUGUUUGGAGUUGCAGUAAUCUCAAUUCUGAUUAUAUAUUUUUCCAAAAGCAAGAGGGAACAGUUUGAUGUGGAGGAUUUUAUUACCCUUAAGCGGUAUACUUAUGCAACUGUGAAGAGAAUGGCCAACUCAUUCGCAGAAAAAAUUGGUGAAGGAGGCUAUAGUAUUGUUUACAAAGGACAGUUAUCGAAUGGCUCAGCUGUGGCAGUAAAAGUACUAAAGGAGGCUAAAGGUAAUGGAGAAGAUUUCAUCAAUGAAGUUGCAAGUAUUGGAGCAAUUAUGCAUAAAAAUGUAGUCAGUCUUCUAGGAUUUUGUUAUGAAGGAAAUAAAAGGGCUUUGAUCUACGAGUACAUGCCUAGAGGAUCAUUGAAUAAGUUUAUUUUUAACACCAAAAUCAGCCGCCUGGAAUGGAAAAGGCUCUAUGAGAUUGCAAUCGGAAUUGCUCGAGGACUUAAAUACUUGCAUCAAGAUUGUGCUGCAACGAUUUUACAUUUUGACAUAAAACCUCACAACAUUCUUCUAGAUUCUGACUUUUGUCCUAAAAUUUCUGACUUUGGCCUUGCCAAGUUGUGCCAAGGGGAUGGGAGUAGUAGUAUAUCUCUAUUGGGUGCUAGAGGCACAGCUGGAUAUACAGCACCAGAAAUGUAUAACAGGAAUUUCGGUGAAGUAUCUUACAAAUCUGAUGUGUAUAGUUAUGGAAUGAUGGUUCUAGAAAUGGUGGGAGGAAGAAAGAAUAUUGACACGGGUGUUUCUCGAACAAGUGAAAUAUAUUAUCCAUAUUGGGCACAUAAGCAUAUUGAUGAUGAUGGUGGUGGUGAACGCUUGAAAAAUAUCUGUGAAGAAAUGGUGGAUGAAGAUGAUGAAAUGUUGGCGAGAAAGAUGAUUAAUGUGAGCUUAUGGUGCAUUCAAGCUAAGCCAUCCAAUCGUCCGUCGAUGUCUGAGGUGAUACAGAUGAUGGAAGGGAGUUUACAAUCUUUGCAGAUGCCACCAAAACCGACCUUGUCAUUGCAAAAUGAGUAGCAUUACUUUUUCUGUUUCUCACUUUCGCACAUUCAUUUAUUCGGUUUCCCUGAGACCUUUUUCUUUGCUUUAGAGAGCUGGUUAACUCAACAUCUCAAAACCAAUUGUUGAUGAUGAGUGGAGUAACCCAUACUCUUAUAAAUUGUUGUAAAUUGUUGAAUAUACCUACACACUUUCCAUGUGA